AUGUAUGCUAUGGUGAGCACACGUCCUGAUUUAGCUCAUGCCAUAGGGCUUGUGAGCAGAUUCAUGAGUGAUCUCGACAGGAAAAGGUCUAUUAGUGGAUAUAUAUUCACUGUUGGUGGUAACACUGUUAGCUGGAAGUCAUGUUUACAGUCUGUUGUGGCCUUAUCAACCACUGAAGCUGAGUAUAUUGCUUUUUCAGAGGCUGUAAAAGAAGGUAUUUGGAUCUGUGGUUUAUUGGAGGAUAUGGGUUUGAAGCCAGAGAAAGCUACUGUUUGGUGUGAUUCUCAAUCUGCGAUAUGUUUAUCAAAGAACAAUGCUUUUCACGAAAGGACAAAGCAUGUGGCUACAAAAUAUCACUUCAUAAGAGACAUUAUUGAAGAAGGAGAAGUUGAAGUACUUAAGAUCCACACUUCUGUCAAUCCAGCGGAUAUGCUUACAAAAGGCAUACCAGUUUAUAAGUUUGAAGCAGCUUUGGAGUUUCUGAAGUUGCUCAGGUGA